AUUCUCACUUCCCAGUGGAGGCUGAAGGAGUUACUGCUCUGCCGUGCACACCAGCCAACGCACAGCCUGGCACCAUGUGCGGGGCUCACCGCCACCUCGUGCUCCUGCUCCUGGCUGAAGCUGUCCUGUGUGCUGCUGCCAUGCGGUUUCAAGAUGUGCUGAGCAAUGGAAGAACUGCUCCUGUCACGUACCACAAGAAGAUACAAGGCUGGUCUAGUGAUCAAAACAAAUGGAAUGAUAAACUUUAUCCUUUCUGGGAAGACAGUGACCCUCGGUGGAAGGACUGCUGGAAAGGAGGAAAGGUGACAACCAAACUGGUGACUGACAGCCCAGCACUGGUGGGAUCCAAUGUGACCUUUGUGGUGACCCUCCAGUUUCCCAAGUGCCAGAAAGAAGAUUAUGAUGGCAACAUUAUAUACCAGAGAAACUGUACUCCGGAUUCUCCAGCUGCCCAGGAUCAGUAUGUCUACAACUGGACUGAAUGGAUCGACAACUGUGGCUGGGAAAACUGUACAAGCAACCAUAGCCAUAAUGUAUUCCCGGAUGGAAGACCUUUCCCUCAUUAUCCUGGCUGGAGGCGAAGGAACUUUGUCUAUCUGUUUCAUACAUUUGGUCAGUACUAUCAAACAAUUGGACGAUCUUCAGCAAUUUUUUCAAUCAACACUGCAAAUAUCACUCUCGGCAAACACAGAAUGGCAGUAUCCAUUUACAGGAGAGGGCACUCAACGUACGUUCCCAUUGCAAGAGCAAGUACCACUUAUGUUGUAACAGACAAAAUUCCCAUAUUUGUGAGCAUGUCCCAAAAACAUGACCGCAACAUCUCAGAUUCCAUUUUUAUCAAAGACUCACCAAUCACAUUUGAUGUGAAAAUCCAUGAUCCCAGCCACUACUUUAAUGAUUCCGCCAUCUCCUACAAGUGGAACUUUGGAGAUGGGAGUGGUUUAUUUGUAGAAAGCGGUGCCACUACAUCUCACACCUUUGCUCUGCAAGGAAACUUUACUCUGAAUUUAACUGUUCAAGCUAUUAUACCCGUGCCUUGCAAGCCAGUAACACCCACUUCGUCGCUGCCCACCACAGCAGUGACAACUGAAGUAUCUUCUAAUUCAGACCCUUCUGCUCCCAAUGAGAUAACAGAAGACAAUCCUGAUGGAGGUUGCCAUAUUUACAGAUAUGGAUACUAUGCAGCUGGUAUCACCAUUGUAGAGGGAAUCCUUGAGGUAAAUAUUAUUCAGAUGACAAGCAUCCAGAUGACAGAAAGUCAAGCUGAAAAUCCACUGGUUGACUUUGUUGUUACCUGCCAAGGGAGUCUCCCUACAGAUGUCUGUACAGCAGUUUCUGACCCCACGUGCCAGGUGUCUCAGGGCAUGAUAUGUGAUCCCGUGAUCGUCACUGAGGAAUGCUUAAUCACCAUAAGGAGAGCUUUUGAUGAACCUGGAACGUACUGUAUAAACAUCACCUUGGGGGAUGACACAAGUCAAGCCCUUGCCAGCGCACUUAUUUCUGUAAAUGGAGGUUCAUCCUCAGGAACAACAAAAGGUAUCUUCAUCUUCCUUGGUUUGUUGGCAGUGUUUGGCGCCAUUGGGGCUUUUGUCCUUUACAAGAGAUACAAACAAUACAAACCCAUUGAGAGAAGUGCAGGACAAGCAGAGAACCAGGAAGGACUGAGUGCUUACAUCAGCAACUUCAAAGCCUUUUUCUUCCCUAAGAGCACCGAGAGAAAUCCUCUGCUGAAAAGCAAACCAGGCAUUGUUUAAAGCUUUAGCUUAACAUUGACUUAGAUUAUGUACAAGACUGUACCAUGAUGUUUUUUUGUUGUUGUUAUAAAAACAAAGGAGUAAGGUAAAAACGCAUCUAGAUUGGUUGGUAGCUCUGGGGGGCUUGGUGCAAUUAGAAAUACCAAAAUAGUCCUUCUUAGAAAACAAAGGUAGUUUUGAGCACUUGCUGUUCUUGCUUGUGAUCUAGGAUAUGCUUUUCUAAAUAACUAACCCUCAUGCCUUGUGUUUUCUUACUUUUGGGUUAACUAGAUGCAAAAUUAAUCAGAUCUAUAACCUGCAGGGGAAACAAUACUAUGUAAACAAGCAAAAACCAAAAACACAUAAAUACUUGGUCUUAAGUAGACAGUCCAGUAUAGCUGCUUACCACCUAAAGAAGAUUCGGGUCAAAAACAGGAGGCAGGCACUGGCUAUGUCUGCAGAAAGAAACUGCUGUGCUAUAUUCCCAGGCGCUGACACCUAGCUGCUUACGUUGGUCCUCUGGUGGUCCUAGCACAGGCUUGCCCUGCACCUACCAGCUCCCCACCAAGCAAAUCCCAGCCUCUGGGAACCUUCACAGGCACUGCUGCUCACAGGCAGUUUGGCAGCCACCCUGCUUUGCAGGGCAAUGGCAUUCAGCAGUGUGGAGGCAGCUCGUUCUGCGCCGGGUGGUCUCAGGGCCAGACAGAGGGCUGGACACGUUCAGUUCACUGCUGUGGACACAGCUACCAGUGCACAAGACUCACUAUAACCUGCACCACAGACACCCAAGCAACAAUAACAAGGCCCACCUGCUUGGUUUUUCCCGUUGAAACUUGUCUUUAAAGAAAUUCUAAUUUCUCCUUCCUCCUCCAUCCCCUCUCUUUGACCCCUUCCUCAAACGAAAACCCCAAUCUACAUAAGGCACCAUGCUCCAGUUAUUGCUUUUGCGUCAUCCAGCUUAGAAAGGAUGAACUUCUGCAAAAUCCACACCUCUUCACUCGUCCACUGCAGCAGUUCUGUGCUAAGUCACGUUGAGGCCUCUCUGAGGUGAGUCUGUCUUCUGGCCAUACGUUCCUGUAAUUCUGCGCUGUGGCAUUUCAGAGCGGACUAUGGCACACCUGUGAGGUUAGCUCUUCAGCUAUAAAGACUCAGUAGCCUCUUACUUUGUUUCCACACUCCCCAGUGAAUUGUAAUUCUUUUGUAGCUAUUUCAGACAUAUGCUUAGAAGUACCGGGUCUAGUUUUGUUACGCCUUCCUUAUGGACAGCAAACUACCAUCUAGCCAUAACUGGGCACCUAAACAGUUCUCUGACUUAAACACAAACUACUUUUCCUGCUGUCUGAACGCUACGAGGCCUGUCGGCAGCCUGAAGCUGACUUGUUGCCCUGGCUUGGGGCAGGACAGGGCUUCCACCAACACCUCACGUUGCUGACCUGCUGUGAGGCAGGGAGAGACGAGCUCUGUCACAGUCACAGGGCACAGGGUCGGGGUGAUGCAGGCUGCCGGUGACCCAAGCUACCUGCAGAAAGCACCUUGCUUGGAGAACACAUUAGGAGCUGAGACUUCUUAGGCUUUCGUACCAAAACCAGCUUUCAGGCACACCUCAGUAACUUCUUUUAUCUUUCACCCAAGAGUAGGGCACGGCGUGCACUGUCCUUUUUCAUAUACCAUGUCACUUCAGUUUUAUCAUUUGAUUUUGCCUUUUCAACUGUAACUUCCACUUGGUACACCUGUGGUUUUAUACAACGGGAUCUAACUGCUGUAUUGACAAAUAAACCAUCCAAUGAUCGUCAA